AUGAUUUUACUUUACGUCAAAUGUGCGCACUGCUGUAACACUUCCUUAGCGCAGGCUUGUGGAAGGAAACCUAAGGCCCGGAAGAACGCUUGUCCUCAGGAAGGUUCUGGAGACCAAAGGGCUGAGUGUGCUUCUGAAGGCAAAAAUGAUGUGAGUUUCGAAAACGAGCAAGACGCAAAGCAAGAGUCAAACGACAAGAAAGCUCAGGUAGUUGAUGACAGUGACUUGAAAAAAGAAACCGCAGACUUGAAAAACGAGGAAGCGGCGAAUUCGAAGGUAGAAACCCAGACAACCUCUAAAGGUGGGCGGCCAAAGAGAGCGCCGAAAAGUGUUAAGGAAGAAGUUUCAGCAGCUGAGAAUGAAGUUAAAGGGGAUCAAACUAAACAGAAUUCCGAGUUGGAAAGCGAGAAGCCGAAUUCCAAGGACGGUGACGUGGCUGGUGAGAGCGGCCAACAAUUGGCAGUUAAGGCGGAAGUGGAUUUUGAUGUACGUGAUGAGAGACACGCUGUUGCCAAGUCCGUUUGCAAACGGGGAAGAGCAAAGAAGAACGAAGGUCCUAAGGAUGACAAAGCAGUCAGUAGCAAAAAAGAAGAAGGGAAGGCUGAAGUUACUAAAAGUGACGGCAAGAUGUCCAAGCGGGUCGGUCGCGGUACGAAGCGUUUAGCUGAUGGGAAAGAUGCAGACGGUGCGGAAGAAGGAGGGGAACGUGAGGUAGAGAGUCAUGAUGUUCUUUUACCUGCAGAAGACCUGAGUGAAUUUCGUUGCGUUGGCCACCAAAUUGAUAAGGAGACGGGAAAGAUGCAUUUUAAACUCUCUCGGGGACGGAAAAUGAAGCUGGUUACCGUCGAAGAGGCUAAGAGUUCAGCUAUGGAAGCUUGUUUUGACUACAUGGUGCAAAAGAUCAUCAGGAUGUGA